AUACCGCCCCCUGCUGGCUGAUCAGUCACAUGUUUAACUCACGAGUCCCACGUGUUGUUUACUUUCACAAUUCUCUGUGUAGAAGCCGGCGGGGGGGCCCUCGUUCUGUCUGACAGGGGGAGGUGUCAUGGCGGUGUCUCAGGUGAGUCCAGGUGUGUUCCUCAGUGAUCUGGACUCAGCUCUGAGCGUCAGUGUGUUGAGCAGCAGGAACAUCACGCUCAUCGUCAACGCCAGUGGACUGGAGGGGGUGUCCUACCCUCAGCUGGACCUGCAGCUGCUUCACGUCCCCGUCCAGGACCAACCUCAUGCCCCCCUGAGCCACUACUUUGAAUCUGUGGCUGAACGGAUCCGUCAAAACCACUCAGGGGCCACGCUGGUCCACUGCACCGCCGGCCGGAGUCGAUCCCCCGCCCUGAUCAUGGCCUACUGUUGCAGGUGUGAGGGUCUUAGCCUCCGUCGGGCGUAUGAGCAGGUUCUGCAUCAGAGACCCUUCAUCAGACCCAACGCUGGAUUCUGGCGUCAGCUGAUGGACUAUGAGCGGACUCUGUUCGGCAGGAACUCGGUGCGGAUGACGCGGACGUCCUGUGGCGUCCUGCCUGAGGCCCUGCAGGACUCUGAGGACUCUGAGGCCCUGCAGGACUCUGAGGCUCUCCAGGACUCUGAGGCCUCUGAGGCCCUGCAGGACUCUGAGGCUCUCCAGGACUCUGAGGACUCUGAGGCCCUGCAGGACUCUGAGGCUCUCCAGGACUCUGAGGCCAGAGCGGCGUACUGUGUUAACGUCUGAGGCAACGGAUCCAGAUUCCCCUGAAGGUCCAGAACUUGACACGUCACAGAAAAACAACAAAAGCUGAACGAAUGUAAAGAAAAUUAAAACAUGAAUCAGUUGAUUUGAUGAAAAGUAAACGUGACUCUGGAUAUUUUCUAACUAUAUAAACAAAUCAGCUCUGACAACAAA